GAGCUCGAGCGGCGCAGGCGGCGGCGGCGGCGGCGGCGGCGGCGGCGGCGGGUCCCAGCCUGCUCCGGCUCUUGGCGCAAAGGAGUAGCCUCCCGCGGCGGCGGCGGCGGCGGCGGCGGCGUUCGGGCGAUGCUGCGGGUCUCCUUGGGUGUCGGUGUCCUGACCUCUUCCUAAAGGAGAUGCUGAAGCAAGCAAGUGAAAGAUAAACCUCUCCCCCAAAUGGUCAACAUCAUCAGCAAGACAGAAAUUUGAUCCAAAUAUAACUGCAGAAAGUUAACAAUGGGAAGGAAAAGGAAGAGAAGCUUUGGGAAGGAGUCUGACUUUGAAUUAAAUAACAGAUGAUUCACAAGCGAAGAAUAAAGCCUAAGCCUUGAAACUAAAAAUGAGAAAGUCAAUUUGAUGCAAAAGGAGAAACAUUAUGAUGAAGAAUUCAAGUGACUGAAUGAAAUUAAAACUGAUUUAUUAGGUGAUGGAGAUACAGCUGGAAGCUCAGCAUCCCAUCUGGAGGAAAAAGGGAGGAAAUUAACCUUCUAUGUGACUCUCCUGGGCUCAAUAAUAAUGUUGAAGGAGAAGGGAAAGGAGCCUUGGUGAGAAAAAUAAGGAGGGUCAGUUAUGCACAGAAGAGAAGUUUCCAGGUUGGGAUCAAGAAACCAAGAUGAUUAAAUCAACACAGAAUAUCAUGUGUACCAUAAUGAAAGUGAUGACAAGACCAUCUUCUCAAACUGUAUCCUGAGCAAGGGAAAUCCCAGGAUGGGGACAGCAGGGAUACAUGCAGACGAUAGAAAAUGGUUUCAGGAGUUCAGGAACCAAGAAAUAAAACAAUAACAAUAACAAUAACAACACCACCAACAACACCCCUAACCUGUAGAGCCUCAACAUAAGCAAGACCUAAGAUAGACUAAAAGGCAUCACGUUGUUCUUCCCGAGCCACAGCAGGUAUGUGUUUGCCCAGCCACCUGUCUCCUGAGUCAGGAAAAUGGCCAGAUCUAAACAAACAAAACAAACAAGACUGAAAAAAAACCCUAAAGAUUCAAAGACAAGGGCUUGAUGGUUCAAAUCUGAAAUGGAAAAAGCAGAAAUGUCGUAACUGAGAGAGGAAAGGGAGGUUGUUACCAGAACAUGGACAGGUCUUGCAGAGGAGGCAGGUUCCCUGAAUUCUGAGCUCACUGCUGAGCUCACUGCUUCUCCCACCUGGCUUUGUGGUUCUAGUGGUGGGGUUGCCCAGUGUGUUUCCUUUUCCUUGCUUAUAAAACAAGAGGAUGGGAAUAAAUGAAUUCUAAGAUCCUCACCACACUUAAAGAUUUCCGUAAGGAUAUAGAGAAUAUAAACUGAAUUCGGUUCUCAUGACAAGUUCAAAGUGAAUUCGCUACUCAGGAUGUAAGAAUGAGGUUUCUAUCUGUUGGUCAUUUACUUAUUUCCCUUCUUUUUUUAGAUUGCCAACCCACUCCUGAUCUGUCUAGGUUCACAAAAAAUAUCUGUUACAUCUGGUUCCUCAGAACCUUUCUAGAAUGUCAUAUUGUCGUCAUAACUUCUCUCCCCAUUUCAAUAAGAAUGGGCACAUUUUGAAUCAUUAAAGGCCAUAAUGUCCAAAGUUUGUACAUAUUCUGCCUAUUUUGCUCCUGUCUAGCUGCGUCUUGAGAUGCCAGGGCCCUUGGUUUCCUUGGCUCUGUGGGUGCUACCUUUUGGGAAAUAUAGUACCCAAAGGAUUUAAACAGUGCCUGUUUAAAGUUGCAUUGGGAAGGGUGGGGGAAAUAGGUGAAGGUGGCUCAAAGGUACAAACUUCCAGUUAUAAGAAAAACAAGUCAUUGGAAUGUAAUGUACAGGAUGGAGACUAUAGCUAACAACACUGUAUUGUAUAUUUGCUAAGAGAGCUUGAAAGUUCUCAUCACAAGGAAAAAAAAAUGUGCAACUAUGUGAGGUGAUGGAUGUUAACUAAACCAAUUGUGGUAAUCAUUUUGUAAUAUACUUAAAUCAUUCCACAAUACACCCUAAACUUAUACAGUGUUAUAUGUCAAAUAUAUCUCAAUAAAACUAAGGGAAAAUCAGGUUGCAUUGUGCAAUAGAAUGUUGCUUGAUAACUUCAGUUAUAGUGAUAAACAUCAAAUGAAAAGUGUGAGGCGUACACUGCCUCGUGUCUACUACAGAGUCGAGUGCUGUUUCUCUUGUUCAGUGUAAUUGGGCAGCAACACAGCUAAUAAACCAAAGGAUAGAAAAGUCAUUUCAGCCUGCCAGUUAAACACGGUACGGCACUGACUUUGUAUACCUAGGGUGCUAAUGUGAUCCUAAGGAAUCAGAAAAGUGGGACCCCUCUGUUUUGUAUAGGUUCCAAGAGAAAGACAAGUUAUUUAAGAAUAUUGUCAAACCUUCCAUGAAAAUACACCCUUAAGGAGAUUGAAGAAGAGGCCCUGUGGCCAGAAGGGGCAAAUCAACAAGAGUGGAGUUAGAGAAAGAUGCUAGAAGGCAAGAGUCAGAUGACAGGACUGAGCAGCACAGGGGAAAGUCCUGCUAAGUUUUAGACAACAAUCUUGGUCAAGUUACAUUUGAAUUGCUGAUGAGCUGCCACAUAGAAGAUGCCGCAGAGAUAACCGACAGUUAAGAUUCCACAGGAUGAAGAGAUCUGGGGUGGACAGUCGGAUGGGGGACCUACAAACAGAGGGCAGAUGACAGAAUUUGAGUACAGGUGAUCAAUAAAAAAAGUGGGUAGUAGACCACAGUAGAAUCUAUUUUUUAAAAAAAUUAACACGAGCAAGAAAGCAAAGGCUUCAAGGCUAUGUCUACACUAAACUCACAAGUGACGUUGAACAGCCCAGAACAUCUUUUAGUGUUCACCGCCAUCCUGAAACCUGGAGCUCCCCAAGAAGUUUUUGAAACGGAUGCGCCAUCUGCAUUCCAGGACGAAGAACAAACUAAAUUCAUCUCAAAAUGAUUGUAAAUCAUCAAGACGGAGUAGCCUGCCACCUGAACUACUCAUAGGAAAUGACAUUAAAGGAAGACUUCAAAGAAACAUUAAAAACUUGGAACCCAUUCACCUGAGGCGCCCGAAAAAGAGACCAUCCAUAUUUCCAGCUUCUCCAGUUGGCAACGGUUAUAUCAAGCCUCCAGUUCCGCCCGUAUCUGGCACACAAAAGGAGAAAGGGCCACCAACCAUGUUACCCAUCAGUGUGGACCCAGACAGCAAACCUGGAGAAUAUGUCCUCAAGAGUUUAUUUGUCAACUUCACCACUCAGGCUGAGCGCAAGAUUCGAAUCAUUAUGGCAGAACCCCUGGAAAAGCCAUUGACAAAAUCUCUACAACGUGGAGAAGACCCCCAGUUUGAUCAAGUCAUCAGUUCAAUGAGCUCCCUUUCUGAGUACUGCCUGCCUUCCAUUCUACGUACGUUAUUUGACUGGUAUAAAAGGCAAAAUGGCAUUGAGGAUGAAUCACAUGAAUACAGACCAAGAACCAGCAAUAAAUCUAAAAGUGAUGAACAGCAGCGAGAUUAUUUAAUGGAAAGACGGGACCUCGCCAUUGAUUUUAUUUUUUCUUUAGUAUUAAUAGAAGUUUUGAAACAGAUUCCACUUCAUCCUGUAAUAGACAGUUUAAUACAUGAUGUUAUUAACUUGGCUUUCAAGCACUUUAAGUACAAAGAAGGGUACCUUGGUCCUAACACUGCCAAUAUGCACAUUGUGGCAGACCUGUAUGCAGAAGUCAUUGGAGUGUUGGCACAAGCUAAAUUCCCUGCUGUAAAGAAGAAAUUUAUGGCAGAGCUCAAAGAAUUACGGCACAAAGAGCAGAGCCCAUAUGUUGUUCAAAGCAUUAUCAGCUUGAUAAUGGGGAUGAAGUUCUUUCGAAUUAAGAUGUAUCCGGUGGAGGACUUCGAGGCCUCUCUCCAGUUUAUGCAGGAAUGUGCACAUUACUUCCUCGAGGUCAAAGACAAAGAUAUCAAGCAUGCCUUGGCUGGGCUUUUCGUUGAAAUUCUUGUCCCAGUUGCUGCUGCUGUUAAAAAUGAAGUAAAUGUUCCCUGCCUCAGAAACUUUGUUGAAAGCCUAUAUGAUACCACGCUGGAACUUUCUUCUCGAAAGAAGCAUUCCUUGGCUUUGUACCCGCUGGUGACCUGUCUGCUCUGCGUCAGCCAGAAGCAGCUAUUCCUGAACAGGUGGCACGUUUUCCUCAACAACUGCUUAUCCAACCUUAAAAAUAAAGACCCCAAGAUGGCUCGAGUUGCACUGGAAUCUCUGUACAGAUUACUUUGGGUUUACAUGAUUCGAAUUAAAUGUGAAAGCAACACAGCCACUCAGAGCCGUCUUAUAACCAUCAUCACAACACUUUUCCCCAAAGGGUCCCGUGGUGUGGUGCCGAGGGACAUGCCUCUGAACAUCUUUGUGAAAAUCAUCCAGUUCAUUGCCCAGGAACGUUUAGAUUUUGCAAUGAAAGAAAUCAUUUUUGAUUUUCUUUGUGUGGGAAAACCAGCAAAAGCUUUCAGUCUCAAUCCAGAGAGGAUGAACAUUGGUUUACGGGCAUUCUUGGUCAUAGCUGAUAGCUUGCAGCAGAAAGAUGGGGAACCUCCCAUGCCAGUUACCGGAGCCGUUCUCCCUUCAGGAAACACACUGAGGGUGAAGAAGACAUAUCUGAGUAAAACACUAACUGAAGAGGAAGCCAAAAUGAUAGGCAUGUCAUUAUAUUACUCUCAAGUACGAAAAGCUGUGGACAACAUUUUAAGGCACCUUGAUAAAGAAGUAGGAAGGUGUAUGAUGCUAACUAACGUCCAGAUGUUAAACAAAGAACCCGAAGACAUGAUCACGGGUGAGAGAAAGCCAAAAAUAGAUCUUUUCAGGACCUGUGUUGCUGCUAUUCCUCGACUGCUUCCUGAUGGGAUGUCAAAACUUGAACUUAUUGACUUGCUGGCGAGGCUCUCUAUUCACAUGGACGAUGAACUGCGACAUAUUGCACAAAAUUCUCUUCAGGGUUUACUUGUUGACUUCUCAGACUGGAGGGAAGAUGUCCUAUUUGGCUUUACCAACUUCCUGCUCCGGGAAGUGAAUGACAUGCAUCACACACUCCUUGAUUCAUCCCUCAAGUUACUGCUGCAGCUCCUCACCCAGUGGAAACUGGUCAUACAAACUCAAGGAAAAGUCUACGAACAAGCCAACAAGAUCAGAAAUUCAGAGCUCAUUGCCAAUGGCUCCAGCCACCGAAUCCAUUCGGAGCGAGGUCCCCACUGCAGUGUACUCCAUGCCGUGGAAGGCUUUGCUCUGGUUUUACUCUGCAGUUUCCAGGUGGCCACACGCAAACUGUCUGUUUUAAUACUCAAGGAAAUUCGAGCUUUAUUCAUCACCCUGGGUCAGCCUGAGGACGAUGACAGGCCUAUGAUUGAUGUCAUGGAUCAGCUAAGUUCUUCCAUUCUCGAAAGUUUUAUUCACGUAGCAGCUUUGGAUUCAGCGACCUUACCCCUGACCCACAGCGUGGACCUACAGUGGCUGGUGGAGUGGAACGCCGUCCUGGUCAACAGCCAUUACGAUGUGAAGAGCCCUUCCCACGUCUGGAUUUUCGCUCAGUCUGUCAAAGACCCCUGGGUCCUCUGCCUCUUCAGCUUUCUCCGGCAGGAGAACUUGCCCAAGCACUGCCCCACUGCCCUCAGCUACGCCUGGCCCUACGCCUUCACGCGGCUGCAGUCCGUGAUGCCUCUGGUGGACCCGAACAGCCCAAUUAAUGCCAAGAAAACCAGCACUGCCGGCAGCGGAGACAGCUAUGUUACAUUGUGGAGAAAUUACCUUAUUCUUUGUUUUGGAGUCGCAAAACCCAGUAUUAUGAGCCCGGGACACUUACGAGCUUCCACUCCAGAAAUAAUGGCGACUACACCUGAUGGUACCGUGAGCUACGAUAACAAGGCCAUAGGCACCCCAUCGGUGGGAGUUCUGUUAAAGCAGUUGGUGCCUUUGAUGAGACUAGAGGGCAUUGAGAUCACAGAGUCCUUAGUUUUAGGAUUUGGAAGGACAAAUUCCCUUGUUUUCAGAGAAUUGGUGGAAGAACUUCAUCCAUUAAUGAAAGAGGCUCUGGAACGAAGACCAGAGAACAAAAAACGCCGAGAACGGCGAGACUUGUUAAGGCUACAGCUACUUCGAAUUUUUGAACUUCUGGCUGAUGCUGGUGUAAUAAGUGACAGCACCAAUGGAGCCUUAGAACGGGAUACUUUAGCCCUUGGAGCUUUGUUCUUAGAGUACGUGGACCUGACCCGCAUGCUCCUGGAAGCUGAAAAUGAUAAAGAAGUGGAAAUUCUUAAAGAUAUCCGGGCACAUUUUAGUGCCAUGGUUGCCAACUUGAUUCAGCGUGUUCCAGUUCACCACCGAAGAUUUCUCUUCCCCCAGCAAAGCCUGAGGCACCAUCUUUUCAUCUUAUUUAGCCAGUGGGCAGGACCCUUCAGCAUUAUGUUCACUCCUCUGGAUCGUUAUAGUGAUAGAAAUCAUCAGAUUACAAGAUACCAGUAUUGUGCAUUAAAGGCAAUGUCAGCAGUGUUGUGCUGUGGCCCAGUGUUUGACAAUGUGGGCCUUUCCCCAGAUGGCUACCUGUAUAAAUGGCUUGACAACAUUCUGGCUUGUCAAGAUUUACGAGUUCAUCAACUUGGCUGCGAAGUUGUUGUCUUGCUAUUGGAACUAAAUCCUGACCAAAUAAAUCUUUUCAAUUGGGCAAUUGACCGAUGCUACACUGGUUCCUACCAACUCGCAUCCGGCUGCUUCAAAGCCAUAGCAACUGUGUGUGGAAGCAGGAACUAUCCCUUUGACAUAGUGACAUUGUUAAACCUCGUUCUAUUCAAGGCUUCUGACACCAACAGAGAGAUUUAUGAAAUCUCCAUGCAGCUCAUGCAGAUCCUUGAAGCAAAGCUUUUUGUGUACUCGAAGAAAGUAGCUGAACAAAGGCCUGGAAGUAUUCUCUAUGGAACACACGGCCCGUUGCCGCCCCUGUACAGUGUGUCACUAGCCCUCUUGUCGUGCGAGCUGGCCAGGAUGUACCCCGAGCUCACUCUCCCUCUCUUCUCAGAGGUCAGCCAGCGGUUUCCCACGACGCACCCGAACGGGCGUCAGAUCAUGCUCACCUACCUGCUGCCCUGGCUGCACAACAUCGAGCUGGUGGACAGCAGGCUGCUCCUCCCAGGCUCGAGUCCCAGCAGCCCAGAGGACGACGUCAAGGACCGGGAAGGAGAGGGGACGGCUUCUCAGGGGCUAAAAGGCAAUGGCUGGGGCUCCCCGGAAGCUACGUCCCUGGUGCUGAAUAACCUCAUGUACAUGACAGCCAAGUAUGGAGAUGAAGUUCCUGGACCAGAAAUGGAAAAUGCCUGGAAUGCUUUAGCCAACAAUGAGAAAUGGAGCAACAACCUGAGGAUCACCUUGCAGUUCCUGAUCAGCCUGUGCGGGGUUAGCAGUGACACGCUUCUCCUGCCCUAUAUUAAAAAGGUGGCCAUAUACUUGUGCCGUAAUAACACCAUUCAAACCAUGGAGGAGCUUCUGUUUGAGCUACAGCAGACGGAGCCGGUGAACCCGAUCGUCCAGCACUGUGACAACCCGCCCUUCUACCGCUUCGCGGCCAGCAGCAAGGCCUCGGCAGCAGCCUCCGGAACCACCUCCAGCAGCAAUACAGUGGUUGCUGGCCAGGACGGUUUCCCAGACGCUGAGGAAAGCAAGAUAUUGAAAGAAUCUGAUGAGAGGUUCAGUAACGUCAUUAGAGCCCAUACCCGUCUGGAGUCGAGAUACAGCAAUAGCUCUGGAGGAUCGUACGACGAGGAUAAAAAUGACCCAAUUUCUCCCUAUACUGGCUGGCUGUUGACUAUUACAGAGACCAAACAGCCACAGCCCUUACCCAUGCCUUGUACUGGAGGAUGCUGGGCCCCCCUGGUGGACUACCUUCCAGAGACCAUCACUCCCCGGGGGCCACUCCAUAGGUGCAAUAUUGCUGUCAUUUUUAUGACUGAGAUGGUGGUGGAUCACAGUGUAAGAGAAGAUUGGGCUCUUCAUCUCCCAUUGCUACUCCAUGCUGUCUUCUUAGGUUUGGACCAUUACCGGCCUGAAGUCUUUGAACACAGCAAAAAAUUGCUUCUUCACCUCUUGAUCGCCCUCUCUUGCAACAGCAAUUUCCAUGCAAUUGCUUCCGUGCUCCUGCAGACUCGAGAGAUGGGUGAAGCCAAGACUCUAACAGUGCAGCCAGCUUACCAACCCGAGUAUCUCUACACAGGUGGCUUUGACUUCCUGAGAGAGGACCAGUCCUCCCCGGUGCCAGACUCGGGGCUGAGCUCCAGUUCCACCUCCUCCAGUAUCAGUCUGGGAGACAGCAGUGGGAACCUCCCGCAGAUGACCCAAGAGGUUGAAGAUGUGGACGCAGCUGGUGAAACAGACGAGAAGGCAAACAAGCUCAUUGAGUUUCUGACCACCAGGGCAUAUGGUCCACUUUGGUGCCAUGAGGACAUCACACCCAAAAAUCAGAAUUCAAAGAGUGCUGAACAACUCACUAAUUUUCUACGUCAUGUUGUAUCCGUGUUUAGAGAUUCCAAAUCAGGUUUCCACCUGGAGCAGCAGCUGAGUGAAGUUGCUCUGCAGACAGCCCUCGCCAGCUCUUCCAGACACUAUGCCGGCCGGUCCUUCCAGAUAUUCCGGGCCCUCAAACAGCCACUGUCAGCACACGCCUUGUCGGACCUUCUCUCGAGGCUGGUGGAGGUGAUUGGAGAGCAUGGAGAUGAGAUUCAGGGUUAUGUAAUGGAAGCACUCCUUACCUUGGAAGCUGCUGUGGAUAACUUGUCUGACUGCCUGAAGAACAGUGAUCUCUUAACUGUAUUAUCUCGCUCUUCAUCACCAGACUUAAGCUCUAACGCUAAACUAACAGCAAGCAGAAAGAGCACAGGACAGCUCAAUGUGAACCCUGGAACAGCCAGCGGCAGCACAGCAACUGCAGAGCGCAGCCGGCAUCAAAGGAGCUUCUCUGUGCCCAAGAAGUUUGGUGUUGUCGACCGGUCCUCAGACCCACCUCGGAGUGCCACCCUGGACAGAAUUCAGGCCUGUACCCAACAAGGCCUCUCCUCAAAAACCAGAAGCUCAUCUUCCUUGAAGGACAGCCUCACGGACCCAUCACACAUAAACCAUCCAACCAACCUGUUGGCCACCAUCUUUUGGGUCACGGUGGCCUUGAUGGAAUCCGAUUUUGAGUUUGAAUACCUAAUGGCCUUAAGGCUGUUGAACAGACUGCUGGCUCACAUGCCACUCGAUAAAGCUGAGAACCGAGAAAAACUGGAGAAACUCCAGGCACAGCUCAAGUGGGCGGACUUCUCAGGGUUGCAGCAGCUGCUCCUGAAGGGAUUCACCUCUGUCACCACCACCGACCUUACCCUGCAGCUGUUCAGUGUGCUGACACCGGUGUCCAGAGUAUCCAUGGUGGACUCCUCCCAAGCCAUUGGGUUUCCACUGAAUGUCUUGUGUCUUCUGCCCCAGCUGAUACAGCAUUUUGAAAACCCCGGCCAGUUCUGUAAGGAUGUAGCCGAAAGGAUUGCUCAGGUUUGUUUGGAAGAGAAGAACCCCAAACUUUCCAACCUUGCACAUGUCAUGACUCUUUAUAAAACACACAGCUACACGAGGGACUGUACCACGUGGGUCAACGUGGUCUGUCGAUACCUUCAUGAAGCAUAUGCUGACAUUACCUUGAAUAUGGUUACCUACCUGGCAGAGCUGCUGGAGAAGGGCCUCCCCAGCAUGCAGCAGCCCCUCCUGCAGGUGAUCUACAGUCUGCUCAGCUACAUGGACCUUUCUGUCGUUCCGGUAAAGCAGUUCAAUGUGGAAGUUCUGAAAACCAUUGAAAAAUACGUACAAAGCGUCCACUGGAGAGAAGCUUUGAAUAUCUUGAAGCUAGUAGUUUCUCGAUCUGCCAGCCUAGUUUUACCUUCCUACCAACACAGUGACCUUUCAAAGAUAGAAAUACAUCGAGUAUGGACCAGUGCAUCUAAGGAAUUACCUGGGAAAACCCUGGACUUUCACUUUGAUAUUUCAGAGACGCCCAUCAUCGGGAGGCGAUAUGAUGAACUGCAGAACUCUUCUGGGCGUGAUGGGAAGCCCAGGACCAUGGCUGUCACCCGGAGUGCAUCUUCCACCUCAUCAGGCUCCAACUCCAAUGUCCUUGUUCCUGUAAGCUGGAAGAGGCCCCAGUACUCUCAGAAGAGGACGAAAGAGAAGUUGGUACACGUCCUUUCUCUGUGUGGCCAAGAAGUCGGAUUAAGCAAAAAUCCAUCGGUGAUUUUCUCGUCGUGUGGGGACUUGGAUCUGCUGGAGCAUCAGACGAGCCUAGUGUCCUCCGAGGACGGCACCCGGGACCAGGAGAACAUGGACGACACCAACAGUGAGCAGCAGUUCCGGGUCUUUAGAGACUUCGAUUUCCUAGACGUGGAGCUGGAGGAUGGAGAGGAACUUCAGGGCGAGAGUAUGGACAAUUUCAACUGGGGAGUCCGCAGGCGUUCUCUGGAUAGUCUGGACAAGUGCGAUAUGCAGCUUCUGGAGGAGCGCCAGCUUUCAGGAAGUUCUCCCAGCCUAAAUAAAAUGAACCACGAGGAUUCCGAUGAAUCCUCCGAAGAGGAGGAUCUCACCACCAGCCAGAUCCUGGAGCACGCUGACCUAAUCAUGAAUCUCUCCCCUUCUGAAGAGACUCAUCCCAUGGAACUCACGACCACCUGCGAUAUGACCCCCGCUGACCCUCAUGCCUUUAACACCAGAAUGGCUAGCUUUGACGCUUCUCUGCCUGAUAUGAAUAAUCUUCAGAUUUCUGAGGGUUCAAAGGUCAGCGCUGCCCAGGAGGCAGAGGACACUACCGUGCAUGAGGAUGAUCUUUCCAGCUCCAUCAACGAGCUCCCGGCAACUUUCGAAUGCAGCGAUAGCUUUAGCCUGGAUAUGACCGAGGCAGAAGAAAAAGGCAGUCGAGCGCUGGACCAGUUUACUCUUGCCAGCUUUGGAGAAGGGGAGAGGGGAGUCUCGCCGCCCCCCUCGCCCUUCUUCUCGGCCAUCCUCGCUGCAUUUCAGCCCGCGGCCUGUGACGACGCGGAGGAGGCGUGGCGCAGUCAUGUCAACCAGCUGCUGUGCGAUUCGGACGGCUCCUGCGCCGUGUACACGUUCCACGUGUUCUCCUCCUUGUUCAAGAAUAUUCAGAAAAGGUUCUGCUUCCUAACCUGUGAUGCGGCCAGUUACCUUGGAGACAACCUCCGGGGCAUCGGAUCCAAGUUCGUCAGCUCUUCCCAGAUGCUCACCUCCUGCUCCGAGUGCCCCACGCUUUUCGUGGACGCCGAGACCCUCCUUUCUUGUGGACUUUUGGACAAGCUCAAGUUCAGUGUUUUGGAACUGCAAGAAUAUUUGGACACCUACAACAACAGAAAAGAGGCCACCCUCUCAUGGCUUGCAAACUGUAAGGCAACAUUUGCAGGAGGAUCAAGAGAUGGAGUAAUUACCUGUCAACCAGGGGACUCAGAAGAAAAGCAAAUGGAAUCUCUUGCACAACUGGAACUGUGUCAGAGGUUGUAUAAGCUACACUUCCAGCUGCUGCUGCUUUUUCAGUCGUACUGUAAGCUCAUCGGCCAGGUGCACGAAGUCAGCUCCAUGCCAGAGCUGCUAAAUAUGUCCAGGGAACUGAGUGACCUAAAGAAAAACCUGAAGGAGGCUACUGCAGCCAUCACAGCCGACCCUCUCUACAUAGAGGGGGCGUGGUCUGAGCCGACCUUCACGUCCACUGAAGCAGCCAUCCAGUCCAUGCUCGAGUGCUUGAAAAACAACGAACUUGGCAAGGCUUUACGGCAAAUCCGGGAAUGCAGAAGUCUGUGGCCCAAUGACAUCUUUGGAAGCAGUUCUGACGAUGAGGUCCAGACACUACUGAAUAUUUAUUUCCGUCAUCAAACUCUGGGACAAACAGGUACUUACGCACUGGUGGGGUCUAACCAGAGCCUGACCGAGAUCUGCACCAAGCUGAUGGAGCUGAACAUGGAGAUCCGGGACAUGAUCCGCAGGGCCCAGAGCUACCGGGUCCUCACCGCUUUCCUUCCAGACUCCAGUGUUUCCGGCACUAGUCUCUGACAGGAGCCUUCCGUCCCCCAUGGGUGCCAAGCUGGGGGUGCUGCCAUGCUGGGGUGACGUCAUUCAGUGUCUUCUCGGCCUUCAAAAGGCUUGGUCAGACUGUUCUCCCUCUUGUUACCUGUAGGACUUUUUCUAAAGAGGAUGGCAGAACUUCCCACGUGUAGCAAUACUAUAAGAACCAAGGUAGCAUAGGACAUUCUGGAACAACCUCCAUCCGUCAUGCUGUGUGGCACAAAUGUGUUAUUUUACUGAGCAAAUGCAACUCACUACUGAAGAUGUGACUUCCAUUGCAUACCAAAGCCGACUACUCUGAACAGUACCUUCCUUUCUAGAAACAAUUUUAGAUUGGCAAAAGUGCAAUGUUUUCUUCGCUAAAAAUAUUUUUUAUUCUAAAACUUGUACAUUCUUUCCUUUUCUUUUUUUUUUCUUUUUUUGGUGGGCUGAGGAAGGGGCAGGCAGAAUGAAGCUGGCCACUGAAAAUUGUAAGACGGUCAAAAGCUGACAGCCUGUAUAUGUGAAAAGGGAAUUGUAAAUGGACAAUUUAAUGUACACUGAAAUUUGAAUACAAUUACUGUAUCUAAAAGGAGCUGCUAUGAAGUACCUUUCUUAUGUUGCUAGGCUACUGUUUCGAAAGCCCUGGAUCUCUUUGCAGGGGUCUGUGAUUAGGACCCUCGCACCAAAAAUGGUCCAGAGAGACCUUUUUUUAAAGGAUCUUGGCUGCUUUUUACUAUAAGGUUGCUUUUAUGAGCAUAUUUAUACUACAGAAUAAUGAGUGUUAAUUUUAACCAACUUGGCCAUUUUGUAGAAAAAAGUUAAAGACAUUCAACAUUAUAAAUUCCAAGUCUUUCCACCUGUUACGCAUGCAUAUUUUAAUAUCCGUUUGGAUAGCUGGAAGUAGAAUCAUAACGGCAAAAUAUGAGUUGUCACUUUGUUUCUUAAGAAAUGUCAUUUUAUUUGUAAUAUAUAUGUAAAGGGCCAUUCUUAAGUUUUCUCUUUAAACUUAAUGCUGUCAAGUGUUAGCUGUGUGCAUGUAAACCUGUUGCACAUUAGAAACAUAUUCAAAGUUUAUCUGUGUAACUUAUUCACUCUGUAAAUACAUUUAAAGUUUUUGUGAUGUAAUCUCGGUUAAUAUUCUCUUUAGACUAAAAGAAAAAAAUACAUAUUGACCACAGGU